AUGGUUAUUGUUGGUGAUUAUGGUAGUCACAGUAGUAGUGGUUCAAUUCUUAUACAUGUGUGGUGGUGUAAGAGAUAUGAUAAAAUUAGACAGACCACUUUCAGAAAGAGAAAAGAUGGUUUGUUUAAGAAAGCAAUUGAACUAAGCCUCCUUUGUGAUGCUCCAGUUUAUGUCUUGGUUGGCAAUCCAUUACAGAGCGGGUUAUCCUUCUACCAAUAUAAAAGUACUAUCAUGCCAAAUGAGGUAAUGAGACAAUUACCUCUUCCAGUUGAAAAAUCAACCACCUAUAUUGAUCAUGACUUACAAAGAAAAUUUGCAAACCAUUCCAAAUAUAUGAAAGUUCAAAAGAAAUUGUAUCCAAACCCCAAUUCUGACCAAUACACAAGUUUUGUGUAUUCACCAAACGAAUCACUUAGUAGUAGUCCCAAUCCAUUUUCAGAUCCUUCCUAUUUAGAUUCUGUUCUUAAUAUUAAUGGAAAACGUCCAACUGACUCACCAUUAUUAGAUACCUUAAAUAUCAAUUGUAAUUUUACUGAUUCAAACCAUCUUUUUAAACCAAUUUGUAAUGAUAGUCAAACUCAACAAAUUCAACUACCACCACCACAACAACAACAACAACAACAACCAAUUAAUGUUGAUUAUUCACACAAUAGUAAAUUGUUUUAUAAUCAACCAUCAAUUCUUCCAACACCUCAACUAAAUCUAUAUGAUUGUAUACCUCACCCUCAAUUGCUACAAUUAAACAACUAUGCACAAUCGUGUAAUUCUACUCCACCAUCACCAUCACCACUAUUACCAUCGUCACAUAGUUUGUCAUUGGUUUCACAACCAAUGAGCUCUGUACCUCUCCCAACAGAUGGAGUAUGGAACCAAACAAAUUUCCAAUUAUCAUCAUACAUCAAACAAGAAUACCAAUAUUAA